CCCUUCUGCUGACGUCCUUCCUCUCUAUCACACAUCAGACUUUUCCCAGUGGAGCUGGAGAACAGGCUUCAAUGAAAACUGCCUGUUUGCAGCUAUAUGGAGAUUGCAGGCACCACAAUCACUAUUUCCUCUGCCUGACCUGGAGCAGAAACUCCAUCAUCAGGAUAGAAAGGUAGCCUUGUUGCCUAGCAAAGGUGGGAUGAUUUAUCUCUGUCUCUAGAUUGGUCCCUUUUCUUUGCUGCACAAGAGAAUUGUUUUCAGACUUCCAAGGAGAAUGAAGCGAGGCUAGAAAUCACAGUGGAUGUGUAAGAGCUGCUCUCCCAGGGAAGAGAAGGAGUCAGGUUUUCUGUGCUUUUUGUUUCUGUGCAGCUCAGGACAAUGGUUUUAUCUGCCCCAAUUAUAGCCCUUGGGGCUACCUUAGGGACUGCAACUAGCAUCCUUGCACUCUGCGGUCUCACCUGCUUCUGCAAAUGCAAGCAACCUGGGAAAGGACUCUCAGAAAAGGACCAAGAUGAGGACAUGGAAAAUACUAAGCCCAGUGUGCUUCAGCCAGCCCAACAAUUCAAUGUUAAGAAAACAGCAGAGCCAGUCCAGCCUCGACCACUCCUGAAGUUUCCCAACAUUUAUGGCCCCAAACCAGUGGUAACUUCACCUGAAAUUGUUAACUACACACAGUAUUCCUUGAAGACAACAGAAGAACCAGUUACUGGAAAACAUACUGUUUUGGAUGAGAACAGGAUGAAGAUACAAGUCAAUGAAGAGCUUUUUGUUCUCCCUCAAAACGUUUCAGGUGUGGUAAAAGAUGUGUGUGUCACGGAGCACUUGAACCCCGAGAGGGCAGCCAGCUGUAACCAGGUCCCUGAACUGCGCUACUCCCUCACAUACGAUCAACAAAAAGCUGAGCUGCAUGUGGCCCUUCUGGAAGCUAUGCAUGGCAGAAUGAGUGGUGACCAGGAUGCUGGCUGCCAUUGCUACAUACUGGGCACACUGGUGAGCAAGUCUGGCAUUGCUGAAGCCCAGACAGAGCUGAAGAAGAAGGUGCUUCACACCCUUUGGGAGGAGGUCUUGCGGUUCCCAUUAACCGAGGAGGAGAUGCCAGAGGGGACACUGACUCUCACCCUGAGAAACUGCGACAAGUUCUCCAGACACAGCAUUGUGGGGGAACUCAAACUGAGCCUUGCUGACAUAGAGGACUCCUUUGGGAUGGCCCAGUGGGAAAGGCUAAAGAUGCCAGAGAAGGAGCCAUCUACAGGCCAUGGAGAGGUUCUGCUGUCUAUCAGCUACCUGCCAGCAGCUAACCGCCUGCUUGUGGUGAUUAUUAAGGCUAAAAAUCUCCAUUCCAAGCAGCUGAAAGAUCUACUUGGAAAUGAUGUUUCUGUCAAGGUGACACUGAGGCAUCAGUCCUUGAAGCUGAAGAAGAAGCAGACCAAACGUGCAAAACACAAGAUCAACCCUGUCUGGAAUGAGAUGAUCAUGUUUGAGGUGCCUCAUGAGCUGCUGCGUGCCUCCAGUGUGGAGCUGGAAAUGCUGAGCCUGGAUGCUGCUGGCCAGAGCCAUGUGCUCGGCAAGUGCAGCCUGGGAUUGCACGUCACAGGAACGGAGAGGAACCACUGGGAAGAAAUGCUGAGAAACCCCAGGAGACAAAUUGCCAUGUGGCACCAACUCCACAUGUAGGUACACCAUGAUUACUGCCAACCAGAUUUCCACCAAGCCUCUGAGCAUAGAGGAAUAAGCUGCAUUUCACCUUCCACCUUCCCAUACACAAAGUGGCCUGGCACAGCAUUCUUCUUAGGCCACCCUCCCUAAUUUCCUGACAAAAGAAUGCCUCAUGAUAGCCCAGGGAACUGUCUGGAAAAUGUAUUUAGAGGACAAUCUCUCACCCAAUCAAGUGGUCCUCUGAAACAGGGGCUUGGCUGUCUAGAUGGUUUGAAUUACUUUUAUUAGCCUGCCCAUUGACAUUUCUGUGACGUCCCUGUUUCUGCAGAGGAACAGAGGGAAGCAGAGGAAUCAUGGAAAUUUAAGCUGUUCCUUGGCACCUGGCACUGUCACCCAAGUUCCUGUUGAGGGCUGGCUCCAUUAUUACAAACAUGCAGCAGCCAUUUUGCCAGCCACUGUUUUUCACAAUGCUUUAUAAGAUUGUAAGAAAUGAAGAUCACAACAUUAAUGUUGACUUCUGACCCAAAGUAGUAGUAUGAAGGAAAGAGAGAAGCCAUGUGGAAGCAUAGACCAAUUUACAGUAGAUGGAUAUCUAGAAAUAGAGAAAACAGAGGAAGAAGAGAGACAGUCAAUACUAUCAUCCUGUGUAACCUUUGAAGCAAACACUGCCAAAUAAGAAGUCAAAUACUUUCCUUCACUUUUGUUUCCUAGGGUGUUCGAUAGCUUAGAUUUAAGGUUCAUAAAAAUUGUUGAAAGCAUGAAUGUUUCAUGAUCCUAUGAUAGAAUACCCAUAUUUUCUAUCUUUCUAUAAUGUCACCCAGGAAGACCCUAAACAUGGACAAACAGUUAUUGUGGAUGUUACCUCCAAAAUCUUGGACCAAAUCCUUCUGCUUACUGACAUUUUUUCUGUUUGGGAAUUUCUGAUCUGGAAAAGUCUCAAAUACACUAAUUAUAAUCCAGGUAGCAUCUAAGACUAGACAAAAUAAGUGGGAUCAUUUCAUACCUUAGCAAAUGAUUGAUGGUUUUGGUUUGACAGUUAACUAUGACACUCAAAUCCUCAUACCAGCAUUACUUGAAGACAACCCUUAAGAACUGCGAUGUAUUUCAUCACUUCCAGACAGAAGGAAUUCACUGACCAGACAGACUCUCUAGGGCUGUUUUUUUGUGUGUGCACUUUCAAGAUUUGACAUGGCUUAAAUGUUACUGUUUACUCUCCUUUUAUUGUCUAGAUGGACUGAAAAGCUGGAAUUGGCAGCAAUGAUGUUAUGACCUCAAAUGCACACUGCUUGUUCUACCACUUUGUUUCAAGUAGUAGACACAGCUUUGAGGGACAUGCAUGGGGACAAGACAUCUAAAAAUCUGAGAACAGAAUCAUAUGUUUUGUAGCACUGAAAAACUCUGAGAACAUUUUUUUUUUCCCAGGGUCAGCUUGACCCUCUAUUUAUUUCAAAAUAUUAAGCUAGGCUUUAUCUAGAAUCCAUCCCAUUUUGCUGGUUUAGUCAAACAAGUCUAGCAAAUUGUCAUGUGAAGGAUACUACCCUGCAGAGAAAGUGAAAACAACCAGAAUCAGUCUCUGAAAACUGGCUGAAGUGCCAGGCACAGAAGUUUAUGAACAGAGGGGUGAUGUUCAGCUGGAAGCCACUCACUGUUAUUGACUGGGGCUGGUAUUGGGACCAACUCUGUUUAACAUGUUCAUUAAAGACCUGAACAACAGGAUGGAGUGCACCCUCAGCAAGUUUGCUGAGUUUGAUUCUUGGAGAAGAUCAGAGAGAGAGAGAGAGAGAGAGAGAGAGAGAGAGAGAAUGAGAGAGAGGGAGAGAGAGGAAGGAAGGAAAGAAGAAAGGAAGGAAGGAAGGAAGGAAGGAAGGAAGGAAGGAAGGAAGGGAGGAAGGAAAAAAUCCUUUUUUACUGUGAAGAUGAUCGAACACUGGAACAAGUUUGCAAGAGAGGUUGUUGAUCCUUGGAGACACUCAAACCUGCCUGGACAUGGUGCUGGACAACCUGCUGUAGUUUACCCUGGCUUGAGCAGGGAUGGGGUUGGACAAGAUGAGAUCUUCAGAGGUCCUUUCCAACCUCAGUGAUGUUGUGACUCUGUGAACAAAUCAACAAGGUCAAGGUACACUGGAAAACAUUAACCAUACACUGCUAUUCCCAUUAUAGGUGGUGUAGCCAGAAGUUACAGGAUCACUUUGAAGAAAGUGGUAAAAACAGCUUUGACCAAGCAAACAAACAGAAAAGCAAAAUAUGCCAAUGACUCUUAUACCUAAUGAAUUCAUGUCUGAUAUUGCUCCACUGGCUAGGGGAGAUUUAAACAAAAAAGGAAUUGGCUUCUUUUUUUUGCUCUAUGGGCUUUUGUUUAUUAAGAAAAAGAUGUAGGAUUCUGUGAAUAAACUAGACGCAGUAGAGAUUUAGUUGAUAGAGCAUUCUUACUAGUAGCUGUGUUCAUGAUUUGUCUGUAUGUGUUCCUAUAGAUUUGGAAUAAUGUUUUCCAUUUAAGUGCAAAAUUUGUUGUCAUGUUGGCGUACUCUACCUAUAGUUUUCUGGCAGUGCUGCAGUUUUCUUCUUUCUUUUUAGGAUAAUGAUAAGAAGGAUAACUUCAUGGUAUGAUGCUAUUUGGCUGGCACUGAAAGCCUGAAGGGCCAAAUAUUUGUCUUGCUGCCAAGAGAUUUCUCUAGUUCUGCCUCCUGCUUAUUUUAAUGAGCCUUUUAUAACGUCUUGGUGACUGAUUGUAAACAGCAUUAUCUGCCUCUGCCCCUGGUGAUUUUGGCACACCCUGUAAUUAGAUAGCAAUCCUACAGCAUCUAAGAAAUAGCCCCUUGAAAUCUGAUUUUGCUGUGAAAAAGAAUAAUGUCCUCUUUUACAGCAGAAAAGAUGUAUAUACAGAUGAACACAAAACUUUCUUAGGGGCAAAGUGGUGGCAUUCAUGUUAAAGACUGGUGUUGUUCCCUCCUUUGCUGCAUCAGAAUUGAAAUGGGCAAGAGGAGUACAAAUGUAUGCAUCUCUCCUGGUUCAAUCUUUUUUGUUUUCUGGCAUUUUAGCCUGGGAAGAAUGUUUUUUGCAUUCACCAUAGUCUUAACAACCUGCCAGGUGUUGGUUUAACGAGGCAGCUGUUUGUUCAGGGACUAAAAGGCAGUGCAGUUAAGGGUGCUGGCUCCCAUGAGCAGAAGGAAUGCUGCGUACGUGUGGUACUGGAGGGGCAGGGACGCCCAGCCCGGGCCCUUUUGAACUCUGUUAAUAGGGGCUGUUUGUCAUCACAUUCCUGCACCUGUCCAGGGCCCUGCCCUUAUCCCAGGUUACCAACCGCCUGUAUCACAUGUUUAGCCAUGCUUGUAUGUCCCUGAGCCCCGGCACCCCGUGGGCCGCAGGAGCUGAACAGGCCCAAGGAGAUGAACUGUGCAGUUACUGUGGUAGAUGGCAACAUUAUAAAUAUAAACAAAAAGUAUUGGAAAUUCUCAGUGUCAUCAUAUCAAGUAGUUUCAGCAAUACGAGGAGUAAAAGUAUCACUUCAGUGUAAAAUUGCCGGAGAAGUCAGGCAGACAGCCCCAUGGUUUUCAGUUCCUGAAGCUGUAAAUACAGGAAUAUCAGCGAGCAUGACUGACAUGUCUUAAAUUAAGGGCUGCUGCUUAUAAACUGCAUUGUACGAGAAGAAGCUAAAAAAAAAGCAGUUAUGACAAUUAAUGUUCGUAAGCUCUGUGUGUGACCAAGCAGCCAGGUAUUUAGAUUCCCCAGUGGUGAUUCAGCGGUUGCACAGAUCAUUCUGCCUACUAUAACCCACUAACAUGAAGGUGCAAGUAUGGCCAUAAGUGAAGUAGGGAGGAAGGAAAAAAAUGCAGUCUAUCUGGUCAGAAAGAACAGCCCUUUUCACAAAGCGCCAGGGGACAAGGACUCUGAAGAUGGGGGUUCACUAUCCCUCAUCCAGUGACAGAAACCAAAUGACACUACUGCUGUCAGACAGAAUGAGAAAUGCAGUUCCCAUAUUGCAUCCAGCAUCUCUUGGGAGAGCUGGUCUUCUGCUGAGACCUCUGUUCAGAGGAGGGAACUGAGAGGCCAGAAGAAGUAACCUGUGGCUACAUUAGGUGCUAUUUGGUCAAAGCAUACAUGAUAGCCAUAUGUUGUUUUGCCUUGGCCUGCCCUCAGAGCUAGAUCUUCCCAAACAAAUGACCUAGUUUGAUUUUAGUCUAUUUGUGAUACUGUAAAAGAGGCAAAAAAAGCAUAGAUCACCAAUAGUCCCUAAAACAUCUCUGGGAUAUUUUAGAGUCAUUACUACCCUUGGCCACCUUCCUGAGUUGUAAGGGCCAGUGGUUGCAGCUUGUCUCCUCUAAGUGUAGCACUUUUUCAGUGGACAACUUAUUUCCCUCAUUUCUUGUCCCAAAUAUCCUUGCAUGAUGAUAGGAACCAUCUUUGCUUUGCAAAGAGGUAACACUUCAGAAAUUAAUGGAAAAUUCCCUUCAACAGGACUGGGAUAAGGCUGGGAAAUUUUUCAGGCUCAACUAUUCUCCCAGGCAUUACUGUGCUUUCAACACUUUGAACAAAAGUACUCUGAAUUUUUUUAGCAUCUGUCAUCAGUACUUUGUGGGAGUAGUGUCCCAAGACACACAUUUUUUACUGGAAUGGAGGAGGUUGUAAACUGGGCUCUAGAAAUACAGCCCAAGGUUUACCCAAAUUUUCCUGAUGUGUGUGAAUCUGAGAUUCUGGACAUGAUCUUCAUCAAAUCAUGUGCAGGAAACUGCAUGUUACUUUAAUUACUUGCUUCCUGUGAUGACCAUUGAAAAGGCAAACUGUGUAGUGAUUUCUCACAUCAGUGCUGCCACCUCUGCAGCAUAAAGACACAAUAGCUGUAAAUUGCAUACUAUGCAUUACAGCUCAACUGUUCUUCACCACUGGCAAGCACAUGAUUCAUAGACAGCAAUAUGGUGGGAAAUAGUUUAAAAACUGUAUCAAUAGCAGGGGUCUGAGUUAAGCACAAUGACAUUUAGUUAAAUCCAGAAGCCAAGGUAGCUUGGACCACGCUUCUUGCACUCUUUUGGAGGUCAGUUUGAAGUUCAAUUGGACUGAAGGGCAGAGCUUUGGCAGCAUCUUUUAUGUGUUUCAGAAUGUAGCGAUGUCUCAAAAUGAAUUUGGUUCGUGUGCUGAAAGAUAAGCAUGAUGAGCAAAUAUAAAUACUUGACACUUUAUAUUGUUUUAUUUUGUGUUGGUAAUAUCAAACUCUACAACAACAGUGGCAAAGUGAAGUAGCGUUUUGUGGCCUUCCAGCAUGAGAAGGCUUUUCUGCUUACUCAGUACUUCAGUGUUUGAAUGUGUUUAUUGUACAGAGCAGAUAUUGUUUGUCAAGACUAUAUUGUACGCACAGUCCAAAGCACAAACAAGAGCAUGAGUCUCAACCAUUGUGUCUAAUGUUACAGCACAAAAUGUAAAUCACCACAAGUAAAUAAUUCCAAACUGU